AUGCUUAUCGUUAGGGCCGAUCGGAAGUUGCUUCAAAUUAUUUCCGAGCUUUUGUCCAUCUGUGUCUGCUUCCCGACUUUUAUCCACCACAAGCGUCUAUCACUAGUGACGGGCGGCUACGACCAACUUAAUCUGCCCCGAAGUGCCAUCGGUAUCCCAGAUGGCAAAAACGGUUUUUACCACCCGAGAAUCUCGAGUCCCAAGAAGUGCCUCGUCUCGGCAACAUACAAUGACACGCCAAACUACUACGAUAUUGUUCGCACAAUCAACCCGUACUUGUCCAACUUCCACGCCAUGAGUGGUGACGUCGCCGGCAUCGUGACAAAGCUCGGCCCGGACGAGAGUCUGUUCAAGGUCGGCGACGAGAUCUAUGGGGUGGGCAGCUCGGUUCGAUGGGGUACUUAUGCCGAGGAAGCCAUCAUCGACGAGACCAAGGCCGCCGUCAAGCCCAAGAGCCUCGACUGGACGCAGUCGGCGGCAAUGCCCCUGACGUACAGCACAGCCUACGAGUCCAUCAUUGAGCGCCUCGAGGCGAAGAAGGGCGACACGGCACGGAUCUUUAUCAUCAAUGGUGGCAGUAGGAGACGUUUUGAACUGGCCAAGACCAUGGGCGCCACGCACCUCAUCAAUCAUCGUGAGGACAUCAUGCCGCAGAUUGCCGCUCUGAACCUGCCCGACGAUGUGCCGCUCAGCGACAAUGGCUUAGCCACGCCCUUUCAAAAAGGUGAUGUUCUUCCGCGGGCUUCUGACCAAAAUCAGACAGUGCUAACUCCUUAUGGCCAUGUCGUCAUGGUCGGUGCAGGCCCUGCAGGGACGCUGCUUGCGACUCUGCUCUCGCGGCAAGGCAUCGAGGUACAAGUCCAGGAAGGCGCCGCAGACGUCGACAGGCGACCCAAAGCUGCCUACUAUGGAACGGCCUCCAUACCGGACCUUAGGCACGCCGGUGUUUCGGACGAAAUACGUCGCAGGGGUUUCCCGCCAACGUCCUUCACCUCGAGGACGUUUGGCGGAGAAUAUCGUUCGCUGGGGCUUCUGCAUACCAAUGUCCUCGCCGACAUUAACGGCGAGGACUUGAGGUCAGCAUGCCUGCCGCAGAAGGAACUUCUUGAAAUACUCGUCAAGCAGGUCCAGGACAAUCCUGGGGUCACCCUUUCGUGA